AUGAGAAGUUUGGUGUUUGUCCAACUUUCCCUGUUGUCCUGGGAAAUAUUCUGUGGGGAACGUAGCUUUGUGAGCAUGAAAGCUAUCUUUUCGUGUAUGUACGUGUGA